GGUGCGCGCGGCGGCGGGAGACAGCGUCCGGGGAGUCCUCUCGACGCUCGGUCUUGAGAGCUUGCCCAGGACCGCCGGCUCAGACCAGGGACAGCCGUGUAGCCAAACGGAAGCUGCGGGCAGCCGGGACUAGUGGCUGGCUCCCGAACUCCACGGGCGGGAAGCACCCAGGAUUGGGGAAGCCCCGGGAGCAGCGCGGCGGCGCCUCCGUCACCCAAGGGGCCGCAGCGACGGUCACGGGGCGCGGCGCCAGCGUGCGCGACCCAGGCCAGGACUCUAAACAGACGGCCCAGGCUCCUCCUCCGCCCGCGCAGCCUCACCUGCGGGCACUGGCGCGCCGCCUCCGCCGGUGUAGACGGCACCUGCGCCGCCGAGCCUGCGGGUCUCCACCCCUCGCCGCCCCCACCCCCCACGGCGCCAGGGCCGGGCGGUUCACCUGGAUCCGCGCGGGCUGCGGGAGCCGAGGCACGGGGUGCGUCGCGCCCUCGCCACCACCCGGAGAGGACGCAGGUGGAGCGGGCGCGGCUUCGUGGAACCGGCGCUCCCGCCGCCGCCGUCGUCCCAGCCGCCACCGGGUCCUGGGGACCUCGGCGCCCGCCCUCGGGGAGUAGCUGCCGCCGCCGGCCGGGCACCAUGAACAGCAGCAGCGCCAACAUCACCUACGCCAGUCGCAAGCGGCGGAAGCCGGUGCAGAAAACAGUAAAGCCAAUCCCUGCUGAAGGCGUCAAGUCAAAUCCUUCCAAGCGACAUAGAGACCGCCUUAAUACAGAGUUGGACCGUUUGGCUAGCCUGCUGCCUUUUCCACAAGACAUUAUUAAUAAGCUGGACAAACUUUCAGUUCUUAGACUCAGUGUCAGUUACCUGAGAGCCAAGAGCUUCUUUGAUGUUGUAUUAAAAUCCUCCCCUGCUGACAGAAAUGGAGGCCAGGAUAACAGUAGAGCAAAUUUCAGAGAAGGCCUGAAUUUGCAAGAAGGAGAGUUGUUAUUACAGGCUCUGAAUGGCUUUGUAUUGGUUGUCACUACAGAUGCUUUGGUGUUUUAUGCUUCUUCUACCAUACAAGAUUACCUAGGAUUUCAGCAGUCUGAUGUCAUUCAUCAGAGCGUGUAUGAACUUAUCCAUACCGAAGACCGAGCUGAAUUUCAGCGUCAGCUACACUGGGCAUUAAACCCUUCACAGUGUGCAGACUCUGGACAAAGAAUUGAUGAAGCUCCUGAUCUCCCACAGCCAGGAAUCUAUUACAAUCCAGACUCGCUUCCUCCAGAAAACUCUUCUUUUAUGGAGAGGUGCUUCGUAUGCCGACUAAGGUGUCUGCUGGACAAUUCGUCUGGUUUUCUGGCAAUGAAUUUCCAAGGGAGGUUAAAGUAUCUUCAUGGACAGAAAAAGAAAGGGAAAGAUGGAUCAAUGCUUCCACCUCAGUUGGCUUUGUUUGCAAUAGCUACUCCACUUCAGCCACCAUCCAUACUUGAAAUCCGAACCAAAAAUUUCAUCUUUAGAACCAAACACAGACUAGACUUUACACCCACUGCUUGCGAUGCUAAAGGAAAAAUUGUUUUAGGAUAUACUGAAGAAGAGCUAUGCACAAGCGGAUCAGGGUAUCAGUUUGUUCAUGCUGCUGAUAUGCUUUACUGUGCCGAGUUCCAUAUGCGGAUGAUUAAGACUGGAGAAAGUGGCAUGAUAGUUUUCAGGCUUCUGACGAAAAACAAUCGAUGGACAUGGCUCCAGUCUAAUGCACGUUUAGUUUUUAAAAAUGGAAGGCCAGAUUAUAUCGUUGCAACUCAGAGACCUCUAACAGACGAAGAAGGAGCAGAGCAUUUGCGAAAACGAAGUACAAAGUUGCCUUUUAUGUUCACCACUGGAGAAGCUGUGUUGUAUGAGGUAACCAACCCUUUUCCUGCCAUACUGGAUCCCUUACCAGUAAGAACUAAAAACGGCACUAGUGGAAAAGACUUUGCUACCAAGUCAACUCUCAACAAGGACUCUCUCAAUCCUAAUUCCGUCCUGGCUGCCAUGAUGCAACAGGAUGAGUCUAUUUAUCUCUAUCCUGCUUCAAGUACUUCAAGUACUGCACCUUUUGAAAGAAAUUUUUUUAACGAACCUGUGAGUGAAUGCAGCAAUUGGCAAAACAAUAUUGCACCAAUGGGAAAUGUUAAUAUCCUGAAACAUGAGCAAAUUGAUCAGUCUCAGGAAAUGAAUCCAACAUUCUCUGGAGGUCACACAGAGCUCUUCCAAGAUAAAAAUAAUGACUUGUACAGCAUUAUGAAAAACCUAGGCAUUGAUUUUGAGGAUAUUAAACACAUGCAGCAUGAAAAAUUUUUCCGAAAUGACUUUUCUGGUGAGGUUGAUUGCAGAGACAUUGACUUAACAGAUGAAAUCCUAACAUAUAUCCAGGAUUCUUUAAAUAAGUCUACCUUCAUGUGUUCCGAUUACCAACAGCAGCAGUCCAUGGCUCUUAACUCAAGCUGUAUGGUACAGGAGCACCUACAGUUAGAACAGCAACAGCAGCAGCACCUGCAGCAGCACCAAAAGCAAGUAGUGGUGGAGCCACAGCACCAACUGUGUCAGAAAAUGAAGCAGAUGCAAGUUAAUAGCAUGCUUGCAAAUUGGAACUCUAACCAAUCUGUGCCUUUCAGUUGUCCUGAGCAAGACCUACAACAGUAUAAUGUCUUUUCACACUUACAUGGGACCAAUCAAGAGUUUCCCUACAAAUCUGAGAUUGAUACUAUGCCUUAUACACAGAACUUUAUUUCCUAUGAUCAGUCUGUGUUACCACAACAUUCCAAAUGUACAGAGUUAGACUUUCCUAUGGGGAGUUUUGAACCAUCCCCAUACCCCACUACUUCUUCUAAUUUAGAAGAUUUUGUCCCUUGUUUACAAGUUCCUGAAAACCAAAAGCAUGGAAUAAAUCCACAGUCAGCCAUAGUAACUCCUCAGACAUGUUAUGCCGGGGCGGUGUCAAUGUAUCAGUGCCAGCCAGAACCUCAGCACACCCACGUGGAUCAGAUACAGUACAAUCCAAUAAUUCCAGGCCAACAGGCAUUUUUAAACAAGUUUCAGAAUGGAGGAGUUUUAAAUGAAACAUAUCCAGCUGAAUUAAAUCACAUAAAUAACAGUCAGACUACCCCACAUCUUCAGCCACUUCAUCAUUCAUCAGAAGCCAGACCUUUCCCUGAUUUGGCAUCCAGUGGAUUCUUGUAACUCCAAGGCAAUUUUGAUCUUGGUUUUUGGAUUAAAUUAGUUUGUAAUGGAUUAUAGAGUAAUAGUAAUAAAACUGUCAAUGUUGGACAUCAGCAAGGUCACAUGGAGACAUUGAUGCAUGUUGUUCAUACUUAUUCCAAGCCAAAUUUUAAUUUUUGUUUUUAGAAAAGAAAAUAUCAAAAUUAUACUAUAGUCAUUAAAAUAGAAAGUAUACUGCCACGGAGUAGUGAGAUACUAUCUACAUUUCACAUUAUUCUGAGCACCAAAAAAUAUGCAAAACUUAUUGAGAAGAACUUUAAGACUGUUAAAUUACAAAACUUUCUCUAUUUGAAUUAUUUCUGUCAGAAUAAAAAUGAAAACUUAGAGUUUUGAAUUUCUGGAUUCUCAAUAGUUCAUAGAAUACA